CACGUUAUUCGGCAUUUUCAUGGUGGCCACUUAUGGGUGGUGGGCGUUAGAGCCUGGCGCCUUUUUGCUAAAUGAGCCUAUCUCAGGGCGUACGGUACUUGGGCUGGUAAAGCAUCGCGUCAAAACGAGCGGAUAGCCUAACACAGCCAAUCUUUCGCUGCACGCACUCACUGGAACGGGCUAACUACCCUGGACGGAACCCAAGACAUAGAGAGAGGGGGGUCUGGCGACUUCGAACUUGCAUCUUCAUCUAUUCAAUACAGCCUCUGCAAGACAAGACGAGAUGACUCGGCCGCGGAUUGACUUGUCGCAGUGGGCGGAUUUUCCAGUGGUGGCUACGACGCAUCUUAAGCGAAAGCUUCCAACGUCCAUCUCGAGGGGUGCCAUCUUUGCCAUCUCGUCCCUCGUCUUGACGUGGAUCCUCGCGACCGUUGUUCUCCCUCAGUACCGACCUGCCAUCGUAUCUCAGAUUGACAAUGCCCGCCAAACCCUCCCCUCGGUCAGCAUCGACUGGUCGCCAAACCAUGACCCUCGGAAAAACUACAACGCAUCAAAAGUCGCCCUCAUCAUCGAGCCUGAGCCCCUACUCGUCCUGGUUCCUCUCAUCCUGCACAUGAUUGCCGUCGUGCCCCCGGACUGGCGAUUUAUCUUUAUCGGAUCCAAGAAGAGCAUCUUUACUGUCGGUCGCGAGUAUGGUAUCCAGCUCCAGCAGGGACUGGGCAAGAUCGACUUGAUGAGGCUGCCCAGUCCUUGGUCUAUUAAGAGGGACGAAGAUCGAAGUCGUCUUCUCACGGACAGGAGGUUCUACAAUGAGUUUUUGCCAGGUGUCGAGUAUCUCCUGAUGUUUAACUCCGAAAGCAUUCUGUGCGCCAACGCGAAUGUCAGCUUGAAUGACUGGCUGGGUUAUAGUUGGGCCGGUGCUGGCAAAGCUGAUGUUGGACGAUUCGCCGGCUGGGGAAAACUCUCACUACGACGCGUCUCGGCGAUUCAACAGGUCCUGGGUUUCCAGAAGCGCUACAACGACAGCGAUCCCGAGGACCGAUGGUUCGGCAAGCGUCUGUAUCUCCUCCCCGACGCAAAAGCCGCCAACGCGAUCGAUCCGCCGUUUGCCGUCACCAACUACAUCAGGCCCAACCCGAUGGGGUACUACAUGCCCGGCCGUGGCAGGGGGCUUGACAAAGAGGUCUGGAAGGUUGAGAAGCACAGAAAAGCGGUCCUGCAGUAUUGCCCUGAACUGCACAUCAUUCUGGAUAUGAGGCUGGAGAGGGAGAGGUGCGGGGACGACAACAGGAUGGGCGAAAUUGUGGGACAGCCUACAGAGGCUGGGGCAUUAUCUCUAACGACUGGACCGGCGUAAAUCCAGUAGCGAGUGGAACAGCUACGAUGGAACUGUAAAUUGGAUAUCUUGGGUCGCGGCAAUGACACAUGAAUUAUUUUCUUUCUUUUCAUGCUUCUAUUCUGGAGGGUUGGGC